AUGGAGGAUCGACUGCCAGCACCUUAGAUCUGUUGCAGUCAUAGGAUUGUCUAUUUUGUCAAUAAUCUCAGAAAUUUUGUUGCCUCAUUACUAGAGCUCUUUACAUCAAAUACUCAGCAAGCCAGAAUUAUUACUAUCAAAAGGAUAUUAAUAUUAUACUUUUGCAAUAACGAUCUAAACAAUAUACUACAUAUAAAGAAUGGACUUAUUAUGAUCCUAAUGAGUAUUUAAAAAGAUUUUAUUCUUUAACUGAUACAAGAUAAAAAACCAUUGUAUUAACUGAAUAUUAUAAAGUAAUUACUUUCAAAACUAUACUGAAUAGUUUCACCGAGAUAUUCCUCGUCUUUUCAUGUUACCUAUAGCAUCAACAUUAUCUAAAUAUCAUGA